CUCAUCACAUACGUUUACCGCGAACGACACGGCGAGGAGAAGUCUCUCCUCGCCAUAUACGUACGGGUCCUGGGUUCGUCAACCGACAAAGCACCGAAUAAGCCCGUCGACAGAUCGAGUCGGUCGACAGGUACGUGAUGGCGUCGUGUCUUGGGCCGGCCGCGAGGGUUUACACCGCGCCACGGCGGCAUCCGGCCUCCCCAUUCUCCCCGCCCGCCGCCCCUGCUCGCGUACGUCUGCCGCGAACGGCGCCGCGCUCCCUGUCCAUGUCACUGUCGGCACUGCGCCCGCGCGUGCACCGCUGCUAUUCUGAUCCCGAGAGCGGGCCUUGGAGCGAUCCGGCCGUCGACCACCACUACGAUGUCGUGAACAUGGACCACAGCGACGAAACCGAUGCCGGUUUGGUUCUGGGCGUCCCGGCCGUCGAGGAGCCCCGCGAGCGCGCGGUCACCACGGACAUUGGCGCGGACGUGGACGACAAAGAUCGUCACGAUGUCGUGGCCAUGGUCCUCAGCGAUGGCACAGACGACUUAGUUCUGGACGGCUCGGCCGUCGAGGAGCCCCGCAAGCUCGCGGCCACCACGGGCAUCGGCGAGGACGACGAAGACCAUCACGAUGCCGUGGCCAUGGUCCUCAGCGAUGGCACCGACGCCUUGGUUCUGAGCGGCCCAGCCGUUGAGGAUCCCCGCGAGCUCGCGCCCACCACAGGCUUUGGCGAGUGCUCGCACGACGACGUCGACGACUGGGGCGACCUCGACGACGUCGUGUAUCCCGCGGGGCUGACCGUCAGGGAGAUCCAAGAGUUCGAAACCGCGGACUUCAGCCAGGCCGCCAUCAACGAGCGGUUCCGGCGCGAGUCCAAGGAGGCAAAGGCCGCCGUCAUAGGCGCUGUCACCGGCAUGGUCCGCCCACUCCGGGAACUCCUCGACGACCUGCGGAGUCUCAAGAGCGUCUUCGACACCCAGGAGUUCCAGAUCGGCAUGCCCUUCGGCGCCAUCAUGACGUGUAUGGGGAUGUACCAACUGUGGAAGCUUAGUCCCUCCACGUGCAUCGAGGUUGCCAUGUACUACGCCUUCUACAAGCUCAGCACCAUCGCGGCCGACGUCCGGCGGCGUGGCUUCUCCCCUGACUGGAUAAUCCGGAUUAAACUCGGUAUAAUCAUCGCUCUGCUUGUCAAAUAUCAUAGGAAAAGCACUGCGCCCCUUGGCAAUUAUGUCAGGCUAGCAAUCUUGGUCAUCUAUGUUACUUCGGUGUUUUGGGACGUGCGGGGUUUGAAGAAGUACGCGAGAAUGAUUCUCCCUAUGGCCCUCGAGAUGGCAAAGCAUCCCAUGGCAACGACAAUACGGUGCAAACGAGUGAAAGCGACAGGAGAGGUUGAAUAUUUCGAAAUCAAAAGAUGAAACAAAAUGUAAUAUGUUGGGAGGAUGAUGUUCCGUAAGCAUGUGUCCAAAUUCAUACUCAUACUCGGUUGGUUUUUUCUACAUACCUCACAAAUGAGCAUGAGCUCGAACUUGAAAUUCCACAUGUUUAUCACUGUUCUAGCAUUUUUUUUAGUUUCUUUGAAAAGUCGAUAAUUAAUCUUCUAUGGGUUCCGGUCAAUGAUCUACUGCGGCGGAUUUUCAUACAUCUCCACACGGCCUCUACAACGUGGGUUGGAUGGGUCGGGUCGACGAUGGCCUACGGCGAAAUCGGAGUCGUUUGCUCAGGGUUUUUAGGAUGACGAUUACGGCUUCAAGGGAGGAGUGAGGACGAUGACGCCUGGGUGUCUCGGCGAUGCCCUCUUUGGAGUGUUGUGCGUGGAGUAUCUUUUGUGUGCCGUUCAGCGGUUGUGAUGGUUUGCGCCCGGUUCUUCAUGUUUAACUGGGCAACCUAGUUUUCGCUCGGUAUUU